GGCAACUACAAAAAAGUUGAAACGUUCUGUGCUUUUAUAUGCAUCGACAAUGAUAAGAGUCAUUUUCUCUGAACGUGUUUCUUUUCUUUGUUUUUAAUCUGCGCCCAUCUCGAGCCACCCAUUUAACCCGUUCUGCGCAUGUGUGAAGCGGGGCACGCGCUGUCGUCGCCUAGCGACUGUUUGUUGUGGUCUGCGGCAGAAGAUGAGACUCAAGAGGUUUCUUCUCAGAUAUUAUCCACCCGGUAUAAUCCUGGAAUAUGAGCGAGGAGGCUGUUUGAGGACCAAAUCCAUCGACCUGCUGGAUUUAACACCUGAAACAAAUACAGAUGAGCUGGUGACAGAAAUCAGACAAUCAGAGCCUCUGAUCACAGAGUCCCGGGCCGAACAGGUCAAAGAGCUGGUUCUCCGACUCCAACAGAAACAGGGUCAGCAGGACCACCACAGGUUCUGUUUCUGCAAGGUGCUGAAGGCACACAUACUGCCCCUGACCAAUAUUGCCUUUAAUAAGUCUGGAUCAAGGUUCAUAACUGGAAGUUAUGACAGAACAUGUAGAGUUUGGGACACCGCCUCUGGCACAGAGCUGCACACACUUGAGGGGCACAGAAACGUUGUAUAUGCAAUCGCAUUCAACAAUCCCUAUGGAGACAAGAUUGCCACAGGCUCUUUCGAUAAGACUUGCAAACUGUGGUGUGCAGAAACAGGCAAAUGUUUCCAUACUUUUUGUGGACACAGGGCUGAAAUAGUGUGUCUGGCAUUCAACCCUCAGAGCACACUGGUGGCCACAGGCAGCAUGGAUGCCACCGCAAAGCUGUGGGAUGUGGAAAGUGGGGAGGAGGUGGCCACACUGACUGGCCACACCGUAGAGGUCCUCUCUUUGUGCUUUAACACAGUUGGCAAUCAUCUCGUCACUGGCUCUUUUGAUUACACAGUUGCUAUAUGGGAUGUUGCUUCCAAAAGACGGGUUCACACUUUGAUAGGUCACAUGGGAGAAAUAAGUAAUGUUCAGUUCAACUGGGAUUGUUCUCUCAUAGCUUCUGGUUCCACUGACAAAACCUGUAAGCUGUGGGACGCGGCCAGUGGGAAAUGUGUGGCCACCCUAGUUGGACAUACAGAAGAGGUGUUGGAUGUGUGUUUUGAUUUAAGCGGUCAGCUCAUCGCAACAGCUUCCGCUGAUGGUUCAGCUAAAAUAUUUAAUGCAGCUACACAUCAGUGUUUGGUGACACUGAAGGGCCACAGCAAGGAAAUCUCCAAGAUUUGUUUCAGCCCCCAGGGCAGCAGGGUCCUGACGGCCAGCUCGGACAAGACAGCCCGUCUGUGGGAUGUUCAGUCUGGAGCCUGCCUUCAAAUCCUGGAGGGCCACAAGGAUGAGAUCUUCUCCUGUGCCUUCAACUAUGAGGGGGACACCAUCAUUACAGGCAGCAAGGAUAACACAUGUCGGAUCUGGUACUGACCCUUCCCUCACCCCCACAGAAAGUGAAAUAGAUGUUUUUAAAUCCUUUUCUUUUUUUUAUAAAUCAAAGGCUUAAAUGAUUGUUUCAUUUACACUCAGAUCAGUUGAAUUAGGUGUUUCCAAAAUGGUAUUUAAAGGUCACUAUUGAAAUUUGGUCUCAGAGUAUUAAACAAGCUUUCAGGAGUUAUUCAUCUAUUAAAACUAAAAUGAAAUGAAAGCACACCCUCAAUUUUAAGAGUUUAACAUGUAAAUGUUAAACUGAGUUUCAACAGGUAUUCAUAAAGUUCAAAUUGCACUGAAUUAUACUUGACAGUUUCCAUCAUGUCAUGCAUGAAACAAUGAUAAAGCUAAAAGGGACUUGUUAAAAAAAAGACUAAGACACAGUCAAUUGCAGUUUUCUAAGUCCAAAAGUUGGAGACUUGCCUCUUCAUUUUAGUGGCAAAAACAGACUUUUUGAGGCAAUCUUUUCCUGAUGCAGUAGAGCUGAAAGUAAGCUUUUGACUAGAGAUUGUUUUAAUAAAGUAUUAAUGGUGUUUGACCUGUGGAAAUGUAGUGUUUAUACACAGUAUACCUUUUGGUUCUCUGUGACGUUUCUUGCCAGUACCUGCUGGUAAAAGGAGUUAUCAGCAGCCGUGUUCAUUAUUAAAGGCUACAGUAAACCACAGAGCACGACUGUUACAAAUGAUGUACAUAUUGUCCUGUUGAAAGGUGCAUUUGAUGUAUUAACCAGGAACAUUCACAGACCGUCAAACUAUGCAUGGCUCACAACAAUCUGCAUGUUAGUUGUAGGAUUGCAAUAGUCUAACGUAAGUGACUUGGGGCAAUGUGUAAGCAAAUAAGCUUACUUCCAACACCUUGAAAAAUAAGUCUUCUUGAUGUGAUUCUCUCAGAAAAUGGACGUAAAACUGUCAAAUUGUUCCUAGUACUUUUCCAAGAACAUGAAUGCUUGUCUACAUGUACUAUAACUUAUACUUACUUCUAAUGAUAGCUAACCUAAGUUUCAAAAAAGACAGCAGCAUUACAAAACGUGCUAAUCACAUCGGUGAAUUGUGACAUUAGUAACAUUUGUGAUGAUUAAGCAUUUCAAAGAUGUGAAUGCCUUAUAACUUUGAGUUCAUAACAAGCACAGACCCCAGAUAAUUAGUAGUUUACCAAGCUACUGGAAAAUAGUAACUUAUCUGGUAAAUGUUUUAUCAAAUGGGUUGCUAGUAGACAACAUCUGCUGACAUUAAAACAAAAAUACUUUUUAACAAUUUCAUUUACUUACUGUGUCUUCAAAACCUUUUAUUGCAUGGUAUUUUAAUA